AUGGCGCUUGGAAAUGUAAUCUCACAGACACUCAUCGAAAAACGAGAAUUAAAAGAUUUCGAUUGGGCUCGACUUGGUAGAUUUGCGUCGGCUGGUCUUUUCUUUGUGGGUCCAUUUUUUCGAUAUUGGUUUUAUGGGUUAGAACGUUAUUUUGCCGGUGCCACAUUACAACCUUUGAAAAUGAUGGUCGUAGAUCAGCUUUUCUCUGCACCGUUAAUCAAUGCUACUCUUAUAAGUUAUCUCUCGUUGACUGGCGGAGCAUCCAUUAAGCAAACAAAAGAACGUCUUUGUCGUGACUUUCCUGGUAUAAUGAAAGCUAACUAUACAGUGUGGCCAGCAAUUCAAUUGACCAAUUUCUAUUUUGUUCCUUUACAACAUCGUACACUUUUUGUCAAUAUUUGUAUGGUCCUCUGGUCGUCUUUUCUGGCUUAUAAAACAAAAUGA